UGAACUUUUUAUAGAAAUGUUUAAUUUGACAGUAUACAAAAUUUAAUUCAAAAUUACAUUCUUCUUAAAGUCCCAUUGUAAAUAUUACGAGAUGUAGAUAGUUGACCAUUGUCGUAAUUGAAUAAUUAAAUUUGCGUUUAAGAAACGUUUAAGCGAAUCAAAUUUAUAAAGUCUCCAAUAAAAAUGCGAAAGACCUGGAAGAAGCCACUUCACAAGCGCAAAAUCUGGACGGAAAUAUCAUGGACGGGUCGCUUUGUCUAUUAUAUGCAACCUCUGGUGGAACACUUGUUUGAUAUUUGGUUGCAGCAAUUGCCCUUUCCAACGAUCCUCAAAGGUCUUUAUACGUGUGGUCUGCUCUUCUUCCUAUUGCUACCGAUUCUCUAUCCAUUGACGGUGCUGGGAUUCUACUAUGCCAUUUUCCAGUAUGUGGGUGAAAGGCAUUGGGAUGCUGUGUUCCCCCAGAAAUGGGAUUUAAUCGGUGCAGCAUCAGUUUUGUGGAACUUUGAGAUAACAAACAAGUCGUAUCUGCUCUUUUUAAAUAUGUACCUAGAUCGAUGUCGUGUUAUAAUAACGGCAAUAUCCUCCACCGUCGACUAUUUUCGAAUGGCAUAUUGCUUGCUAACGAACUGAGUAAAGGGAGAACUGAGAAUGAGAUACCGAGAUAUCUUUAGCAGAAGGAAAUUCCUUAUUUCUAUGUAUUUUGGAUAUAAUUGAGUGAAAUAUUAUUUUAAUCAAUGUGACAGUAAGAAAAUUGUUCUUUUUGUAGUACGGAAAAAUUUACUUUGUUCAACCAUCAUCAUUUCAGUUUGUACCAACAACUUCCAACUAUAAAUUUAUAUCAAAACAAAUACAAUUUUAAAUUCGUUUACAAAAUCACUUCAAUCAGUUUCAAAAUUAAAUACUCUUGAAGUGUGGAAUGCAUUUGAUAUGCUUGAUAAGAACAA